AUGCGUCCUCACUACCUUUUGUGGAUGAACGAAUUCGCCAUCUGCAGCAACAACCCAGAACUGAUGCUCAUCGAUGCUUAUAGCAAGGGAGUGGUGAGCUCCAGAAUGGAUGAAAUUGAUCCAAACCCACUCUUCACCCGGCUCAGCUUGCACGACCUCCAGCUCCGGAUGUGUCUCGGUGCAGUAUUCUACGUUUGUGUACUCAUGGCCUGGGAUCAGAUACCGGCAGCCUCGCUCGUUGCGUCCAGGUCCACCAGCACCUUCGAGGUCCUGGGCAGAUUCGCACCUGGUUCCACCUCGCCCGUUAUGAGUGAGGCUAUUGGCGUAGACUGGGAUGUAGCCGGUGUCACGGAAGCGAAUCAGAUACAUGUCCAUCGGCUGAUCAUUCCAGUCAGCAACGAUGAUGUGGCGUAG